GAGGGGUUCCCCCGCCCGCCCCACUGUGCAAAAAAAUGGCUGCUCGCGUGGCUACAGAGACAGAGACGUCUGGGCCUGAGCAGGAGGCGGCGUGGGCAGAAGCGAGGGACACGAGGGAGAAGGUGUCCUACUUGAUGGGUCAGUAUCUUCUCAAGGGCUACCGCAUGCUCAGCGCCAACUGUACGGACUGCGAUAAUAUCCUUCUCCGGUCAAGAGAUGGAGCAUACUACUGUGUCUACUGUCAAGAGAUAGCCAAAGCUACUACAACCAGCAGUACUGGACCAUCUACAGCAGCGUCAUCAAGUCCAGAACAUUGUCACCAUCCUCCUACUACCUCCACAACACCCGGUGGUCCGGCCACCACCCCACCUCCAACCCAAUCAGACACCAAGGAUGCCGACACUGUACCAGUAGUGUCUUCAGGGAGGACGAGCGACACGUUCAAGAUGACGACAACACCAGCUGCAGACCACGACGGCAUGAAAUUCAGUAGCGACAUAAAGCGUACAAGGCCGCGGACAAAUCCGGGUGUCAUCCAGUCGAUGGGGAGAAAGAGGGCAUCUCCCAGUGGAUCCACCAGUUGCGAGAGUGCGAUGCAACUCAAGAAAAACGCGUCCUCUGACUCUAUUGAUCUGCCAGCACAACCCCCCGUUAUUGUGUCCCUGCACGAGGCUGGCCUGGAGGCCCAGUCGGUGCUGGUGGCAAAGCUAAAGUGGUGCUCCAGAGAACUGGACGCAAGUCACUCGCUGGAGGAGUCGAUUCUGUUGUGUCGACUUGUGUCCUCAAUUGGAGAGGCCCUAAAGGCACUCAAAGAGGGCCCCCUCUCAUCAUUAGCACCUCCGGCUACAAACCACAGCACCAAUACUGAACUCUAAACCAUAACUCACAUGAACUCACCUGCCCUAGUAUUACAGCAAUAUUAUUAUGUAUGCCGCACUAUGAUCAUUGUAUACAUAAUGAAAUUGUGUUCCUUGAUUUGGGAGCAGUUUCUC